GUGUGGUUUCCGUCUGCUCCAAGCUGCCUUCUCAUACCAUAAAAAGAUCAUCUCUGACCUGCAUAGAAGCAGUUUCUUCUCUACCUACAAUCAUCUAAGCAGAUGGAAGACACAAUCAGCCAAGACUGCAGAGAUGAAUAGGAUGUCCAUUGUUCCAGUAGUUGCAGGAGCUCAGAUUGCCAGCUCAUUCUAUGACACUGCACUGCUUAUGGUGGUAAGGAAUCAUUAUAACAAAUCAAUUAACAGCCAAGAAUCUCCUUCCAACUCUAGUAACGAUGACAUGUUACAGAAGGCCAUCUCAAACUUCUACAUUAUUUAUAAUGUCAUCAUGGGAUUAACGCCUCUUCUGUCUGCCUAUACCAUAGCAAAAAUUGGAGACAAGACCAGCAGGAAGGUCACAAUAUGCGUGCCAUUAUUUGGAUACCUCAUAUCAAGAAUGUUUUUACUGUUUGUCAUCAUCUGGGAUUGGCCAGUGGAAGUGAUGUUUGGCUCCGCAGCACUGAAUGGUUUAACUGGUUGGUUCACAACUUAUUGGGCUGGUGUAGCAGCUUGGGCUUCCUUAUGCUCUUCUGAAACGAGACGAUCUCUACGACUUAUUCACAUUGAACUGGUGUACGGGCUGGCAGGAUUUGUAGGCAGCUUGGCUUCAGGACAUUUAUUUGUUAUCUUACAUAUAACAAGCCAUCAAGGAACUAUCCUUAUGAUUUGUAGCAUGGUUUGCUAUGCACUUUGUGUUAUAUACUGCAUUUUUAUUCUGAGAACCCCAGAAGAACAUGAUAAUACAGAGUCCACCAGACUUUUAAAAGAAUCUAGAAAUACAACAAUACAAGGGAAUGAAAUUGAAAAUUUAGUUAUUGAAUCGACAUCCAAUCUUAUCCUUACUUCAAUGUUUGUCAGUGCUAUCGUGUUUAAUGUGGCUUUUACAGCAACUGAUGACGUAGCCAAUGUGUUUGUACUAAAGAAGCCUCUGAAUUGGGGUCCAGUAGAUGUUGGCUAUGGCAAUGCUGCAUUCUACAUGACCUACAUCACCAGCUUUCUAGGGGUUUUUAUUUUCUCCCGAUUUACAGGUGAUCUGGGAAUGAUUUCUAUUGGAAUCCUUUCAUUUGGUUCUGGACUCCUGAUAAUGGGCUUUGUGCGCUCAACCUAUAUGUAUUAUAUUGCUCGAGUGGUGAUGAUUUUUUCAUUAAUCCCAACACCAACCAUCAGAUCAGUUAUAUCUAAGCAUAUUCAAGGAUCCUCAUAUGGCAAAGUAUUUGCUGUACUACAGUUGGCGAUAGAAAUUGUAGCAGUGAGUUCAUCUGCAGGAUUCAACAAGCUUUAUCAAGCCACCUUAGAUUGGUUCAGCGGAUUCUGUUUCAUCCUGUUUGGUGCCUUGGCAUUCAUCAGCAUUAUUCCAAUUAGUAUUGUGGCCUACUAUGAAUGGUCAAGAAGAGUUCAACAGAAUAUUGUAGUGGUUUCAGACCCACAAUAGGGUUUCUGAUGAAUGUUGAAACAUUUUAUCAUCGUGCAGAACAGCAGCCUAAAGACUAUGCACAACGAGAGGCCUACUGUCAUCAACUAGACAUUUAAGGGACACUUCCAUUGGAAUGGGGUAUUUUUUAAACUGAAUAUUCAUUGAAAUAAAUUUUUAUGAAUUCUUGGCUAUUUUUCUUUUUCAUUUCCACUGUUUUAUGUCAUUGAGAAAUAAAAAUAUGUGGGGUAGGUGUAAGGUGAUGUUGGUGUUGUCUUGGUUGUUAUGUUUUACAAAAUGUUCUAUUUGAUUUAAAGAAGACCUGUCACCACAAAUGGAAAGAUUUAGUAAAACUGUAAUUUAUACAUUUAUAUCUUUGCUUUUUCCACCUCCUAUGAGUACCUAUUGGUAUAAGAGGGAGCGGUUAUCAGUGAUUGAUAGUGAUAGAGAUGUGGCCAUCAUUCUUUGAAUCAACUAAGAAAGCUCCCAUAUACUCCAGCUCUCAGAAAACACCUUAUCCUCACCAAAUCACGAAAGUUCCAUCUUACCCAAGAAAACACGUCUCCUUGCUACGUCAUAUAUGCUUUUCUGCUGUUAGUGAAAACUCCAUUACAAGAUGGCCCCUAUAGUUAGAUAUUUACAUAGUUCACAUACCAGAGUUAGUAAAACGAUGCACACUGCGCAGAUGCCAAGUAUUAUCUCUUUUCUUAUUUUCAUAUUUCAGCCAAUGUAACAAUGCCACGAGCCUCAGGGGGAAUGCCUCUCUGAUGUCUAUAUAA